AUGAAUUAUCUGCACAUACUGGUGGGUGUCGUCUGCUUUGUUUCGUACCUAUAUCAGUUCUACACCUUACUUACCUACUAUCUCGAGUUCAACUUCAGCGUCACCAUGGACGAACGUCAGAGGAGUGACCAUAUCGUCUUUCCCGCGGUCACAGUAUGCGUGGAUGGUUGGCUGAGCUCCGAGAAGCUCUGCAAGUACACGCCAGAAAAGUGCAAUAAGCAUGACAUGAUAUACGCUCCCGGCCUGUACCUUCCCCAAGCGAAUCCAGAGAUGCGCAAGAACGCGUCCUUCCUCGUGCAGGAGCUCUUCACCUGCGUCAUCAGUUCAGGGAGUCAACGCUGUGCCACAUUUAACUGCACUGACAGAAUCAGCAGCACCUACUACCGGGUGCCGUCGCAGCAGUGCUACACUUUCGAUGUGAACGCCAUACCAGGACACGAGCACCCUUUCAGGGACUGUCCGAACCAGUGGGAGUGGGAGCUGGAGAUGCAUUACAAGUUUUCGAAACGUGACACGAUGUUGCUACUGCCUCGCUGGUUCUACCCGCUGUUCGUGCACCAGACCGGGCUGUGCCCUCCCGAUCAGCUCUCUGCCGUGCAACUGCUUCCCGGAAAGACAAUCGAAGUUACCGUCAAGCAGCUACACACCUUCCGGCUUCCUGCUCCUUACAAGAGCACGUGCACCGAUUACAAGUCACAGGGAUCCUUUCCGGAAUUCCAAGGAAUGCUAAACUACGACCUAUGCGUGCAAAAGUGCGGCAUGGAGCUGGAAGUGACACACUGUGGCUGCGUUCAGGCUGUCUACGAGUUCACCGCCAGUUAUCCGUUCCCAACGUGCAACUUCAGCAGGUCAGAACAAUGCAAAACUGCACUCACGGAGAACAACACUUACGACGUGUGCGGUCGGAUCUGUGGCCUACCCUGCGAACAAGUUCUCUAUGACGUCCGUAUAUCUGCAAUUUCCGAUGAACAGGGCUCCACACGGGAAAGAAUGGAGAAGUUCACUCUGAAGCUUCGCUUCCGCUCAGACAUCGAAGAGCUUGUGCUGUACCAGCCUACGCUAACAAAAAGAAAUCCAGAAGAUUGUUAAUGCCUUCUUUACAAGAGGCGAACAAAAUCUAAGACUGAGAAAAAAACCAAGAUGGACUGAUCCUGUGAUUCGUAUCCGUUAAGCAAUACUCAGCAGAGGCA